UCUAGUAUCGCGUGUUUGGGGAUGUCACGGAAGAGUUUCGCGCUUGCGCUCUGCAUCCGUGGACCAAAAUUUUGGGACAAGUGUAAGCCGUGUCGUAAAGUGCGUCCAUUUUCCGAGGAUUAGCGAGUUUUAAUACAAAAACCAUGUCGUGCGGAUCGGAAUGCAUGUCCCUUGGCCCGCCGCCGGACUCCAUCUUGUACUUGCCACCACCACCGCUACCGGCGUUCCUCGCUAAUGCUGCGAACCUGACUCCACCCUGCCGCGCUGCUAAAUGCCCGCCACCGAACAACGAGGAGAACUCCUUGUUUCCGGGCGUGGAAUAUCAUGAGCUGCCAAGGCACGUGACAGGUGUUGCAGAACCAGGCGGCGGCGAUGACACGUGGCUGCUCGUCCUCAUCACGUGCUGCGUGGCUGUCCUCUGCAUUGCGGCUCUGCUGGCGCUGUUCCUGUUUAGGUGUCGAGAGUUAUCCUUGUACAGGUCCCGAGGCGGUUGCAAGAGCAGCUCAGGCAAGGCAGGAGGCUCCAACGCCCUCUACGGGGGUGCAGCCCUCGACUCCCGCGUCCUGUGGGCCGCUCUCACCCCCAGGGGCACCCGCCACUUUGUUGCCGACACAUACCCCCAUGAUGAAACUGAAGACCAUCACUACGAGUGCGUCGAACCUCCGCUAUACAAGUUGGGUCCACCAGAAGAUCUUGCUAUUACCCGACAUUUCAACGUCGAAUACGAGGAUCCAGCUCCACUGAUUGAAAGCUACGCUGACCGCACUGAAGAAUACUUCAGAAACGGUAUGGAAACCCUCCGCAGGGGCAGACCGCUGGUUUCCUCUCCUACCAGAAUCGAACGACCCAACUUGCCACCUCUUAAUCUUCAGCCGAGAACCCUCCGCAGGGCACCGCAUUCUCGACGAGUGAGCGACGCCAACAACCCGGAGAAAGCGGCCAUCUGAACCGAGGGUGGCGCGGUCUUCUCCGUCGCCGACUCUACCGAUAUCGACUACGAUUGGCAACCUGACAGCGCCAACGUCGAUCGACUCGUGUAAACUUCCAGGACGUAUAGGCAGCGACAUACUAAAGAUGAUCCUGAUGACGAAUACCCCGACUCUAGUGCAAGAAUUGUGUGUUUACCUUUGGUGAAUAUAAUUUUUCUUUUGAAAUGGAAUUCUAUAAACAUCUGCCUGUCUACUUUCACCCUUCUAAGGUUGCCGUUGCCUGUAUUUUCAUCUAUCUCACUCAUCAUUUGUGUGAAAUAUAACGUUAUGAGCCGCUUUUGCGGCCGAUGGACCACUUAAUUCUAUUAGUUUUAGUUUUCAGUGAAUGCAAAGAUUGAAGUGCUAGUUUAUAGUGAACAA